UUUCUCUGUUGGGUGUGUGUUUUUUUUCUGUGUGUGUGUGUGUGUCUUUUUCUUUCUUUCUCUUUUUCUACUCUACGCGUACUAUGGCUGGUCGACAUCAACCUCAAUACGCGCGCUAUACUUCGAAUCAACCUUAUCCAUCCAACAACCUGAAUGUGCCUUAUCCUCAACAAUCAACCCCUAGUAAUCAAUACAACAAUAAUCAAUAUGCAUCUAUGCCAUCUCCAUAUUCAAGUUCACCUUCACCAGGUUAUCAUUCACCGAAUAUGAAAUAUACACAUGCUCCCUUAAAGAAAUAUACCCUUCAACCUCCUUCUCGAAAACUACCUUUGAGUAAAACCAUGCCUUCAUUAGGCUUUCCCGGCAUGUUCCCUCAACGUCCAGGACAAGACGAAGAUGUCUUGACAGAGUCCAAUGUACGUCAUGGUUUUAUUGAUCGACCUGUUGUUUCCAAUGAACAUACGUGUGCACAUGAUAUUGUGUAUGGCAAAUUACAAGAUGAUCAACGUUUGUUAGGUGAAUUGGGCAGUUUUAUGGUGGAUGUAUUACAACGUCAAAGUAGAGCUGGAAUGAUGACAGGACCUUCUUCUUUUAAGCCACCUGUCAGGACAGCAUUAUCAGACACAAAAAGAGAACAAUGGAUGCAAGAAUUAGCAGGUGGCGUUGUUCCCCUGAGGAAAUUAGCACGUAAUGUGCCUCAUGGAUUUAAGGGUGAAAAACUAUUAGAGGCAUUAGCAUCCAAGCAAGUACCGUUUUUACGUGCAACAUGGUAUAUCAAGACAGUUGGUUUAUCUGAAAUGAGUCAACGAAGUGCAAGUAAUGCAACAGCUUCUUUAGGAUCUCAACCUAUUCAAUGGACAGCCAUUGUGACUACUCACCUAAAGAAGCAAUUAAGUGAAUUGUUGCCUAAUCACACCAACAAUGCACCUAGUCCACAUCCCUCUACACCAGGGCGUGGUUAUCGAGCUGGCUAUGUCCACCAUGAUACACCCAGACCAUGGGGCACACAAGAGACCAGACAUAAGUUUGAGCAAAAAUGGUCUUAUAGUAUCAAAUUAGCACGAUGGCAGUAUUUUGAAGGAUUAUUGGAUCAACGUACUUUUCUCAAAUGGACACUGGACACAUUGGCAGCCAGUAGUUCAUUUGAGAUUAUGUGGUUAGUCUUGACUGGUAUUGUACAAGACUAUGUGGAUGAAUACAAGCGAAAUCGAACAUUGACCAAACUCUUGAUUGAAACUUUGAUUAAGUCUUAUAGUGCACUAUUACAGUGUAUGAAAUCCCAUACAUUAUAUGAUGGCUUAAAGAAAGAUAUUGAGCAUGUCAUGCAAGCCUUGUUUCUGUCUGCACCAGACAUGUUUGUGAUCCCCAAGCUAUACCAUCAAUAUCGGUCUUUGUUUGACAAUAUCUUGGGAGAUACGCCCACAAGGCCAUCUGAUGUCUCGCGUGUAUUGAAAGAGUAUUGGCAUAUGAUUAAGGCACGCAAUGAAGUAUUCUGUGGCACAAUAGAAGAGAAUGAUACCAAACUACAGAAAAAGACAAUAGAAGUAGCCACAUCCUCACUAGGAUCAAAAGAAGAGCGUGUGGUUCAUGUAUUAGACAGCAUUGGUACACAUGUCGAUAGCCUGACUGGACUCUUGUUGGACCAUGAUACUUGGGUGGACAUACGUGGUCAUUCAGCCAAGACAGCAGCCAAGUCUAUCUUUGGUACCACUCGACUACAGUCCACUACGUUUUUUGAAUUGGUGGAUAUCAUGUGUUGCUGGGCUACAAGCGAUUCUCGCUAUGGUGAUUGGAAAGCCUAUCUUGUAGGAUCCAUACUCUUGUCAUGGCUUCAACAGACAAAAUACAGCCAGAAUGCCAUGCUACAAGAUGGACUGAUUCGCUUUUUGGACAAUCGAGACUAUCAUACAAGCAUUGUGUAUCUAUUUGAUGUCUUGAUUCGACUCAAGCUAUUCUCCUAUCAGAAAUACUUGCUUCGGUUGAUUGCUCGAGGUGAUCUUGAACCCAAAAGACGCCAUAUACACCAAACACAGCAAUGUCUUCAGUAUCUUGCUUCUUUUCCUUUAUUACAUCCAGCACCUGCUUACCUUGCAAAUCAGCGCAGAGUGGCAUUGUAUGGUACAAAAAAUGAUGGCACUGAGCAACAGACACUAGAGACAUUAAAGCACUGGGCUCGAUUGGCUGUGAUGGGCUAUGACCAUCAAGACACGGAUGGCUUGUUUGGUGCAGAUGCACAAGACAUGACACAGCCAGAAUCUUUGGAUACACAACAAUCUUAUGAAUUAGCAUUCCGUGAUAUUCAGCCUGAAUUUAUCGAGACCAUUCAGUCUACAUCUCGCUAUUCAGUAUUGGACUUUACGGGUCAUUGGCUGUUAGAUCAAGUCAAACGAUUUAUUGUCAAGAGUAUACAAAUUGGUGAAGAUAACUGGAGAGUCAUGACUUCACCUGGUUCUUGUCUGUUAAACCCAAGGCAGUUUGUGACGAUUGUUCGUAUCAUGGAGCAUGCUAAAGACUACCUUAACUUGAUUGAAAUGGCACUUUGGGUACUAGAAAAAUCGAAUGACCAUACCAUGUAUCCUUAUGUUGUGGAUUGUUUACGCAAAUAUGCUAAUUAUUGGAAACUAACAAACAAUGGUACACGUAUUGCAAAUGCUGUCUGGGCUAAACAUGCUAUCCUUGCCAGUAGAAAUAACAAAGAACGGUGUAUUAUGAUGUACAUGGUUCAAUUGGUACAAGAAGGUUAUGUGAUUGAUGAUUUACUCAAGAUACAACUUCAACAAGAUCUUAGAGCCAAGUACAAGAUCCGUCAUGGUCCUCUCUCUAUCAAGCAAGAGCUGGCUCAAUUGGCCAAGGAUCCUACCUGUCAACAAUUGGUCUUUGAAUCCUUAUGUAUGCCCUCACAAAAUCCAGCUGGCUGGAUAAGUGCGAUUUUAGAAACAGUAGGCGAUAUUCUGGCUCAAGAGAGAAACACUCAUGUAUUGCAUUUUCAUCGUAUGAUGAGAGUCUUUGUCAAAAUGAUCAAGGAUGUCGCUGAUAUUACCCUAUUGACAGGUCAAGCAGAUGAUGCUGUCAUCCAAUGGUUAUGCCACCAUCCAAUAGCAGUUCAAGAUAUGCAACAGAAGGGUGCUUGGGUGCCUUUAUUGGUGACUAUUCUGGUAUCAUACAAUGUGGUAGGGCUAGCCAAGGUGAUUCAAGAUUAUGCUCUGCUUGGAUUUGAGCAAAUCAGGCAGCAGCAACAGCAACAGUAUCAAGAUACAGAAGAUACAAAACUCGUUGUCUUUUGUCAGAAUUUGAUUGUCUUGAUUCGCUUGUUGGUUGUUCAGUCCAGUAAUACUUUAGAAGAGGGAUGGCAAUUGCGAAUAGAGGAAUAUUAUCGGCUUCAAGUACAGCGUCGAUCUGAAUUAGCCAGUAGUUUAGACCGUAUUGAACCCAUGUUUGGAUUAAUGGAGCGACUUGUGUUGAUUGCGACCAAUUUACCGCUUAGUUCAAGUCUGUUACAAGACUUGGUGAUGUUGCGAGCCGAUUUACUUCAGAUUACUUGGUUUAGACAAGCCUGUCUUCGUGACUUGAAUGGCGUCUACCAGCGAUUUGCUGCCCGAGAAGCAGAGGCAGCCAUGGAGAAACGCAUGAAGAAGAAGAUGCUGAAUAUUGUAGAUGAACUCAUUGGUGGAAAUAACCUCAGCAAUGAUCGACAGAGCAUGCUUCAAGACACUUCGCCUGAUUUCGUGGAUAAACUACACAGGGUGUUUCUAAACGUGAGUCAGUGGAAUGAGGCACAAUGUCGAGUCCAAGUGAACUUGCUGUUAGAUAAUAUCUCACUAUCAGAUGGGCAUCCUAAUAACCCUCAUAUCUUGGGAGAUGAUGCCAUGGACAUGCCUCCUUCUCAUGCUGAUAAUACGACCAACAAAGACUUACAGUCGUUUGUGUAUUUCUUUUAUGAUGUGGUGCUAUCAGAUAUCAAGACAACAGAUGUUCAGAGACGAUUUCAGUUCUUCAAGAAUUUGAUUCAUGAAUUAAGAGAGCCUGUGUUGCUUGAAUUACUACAUCAUGGUGUUCAAUUACUGGAAGGAGACCCUUCACAGAGUUUUCCUGAUAAUGUGCUGUUGAUGCAAGUGACAGAGUCAGGAAGCCCAUUUGAUUCAGACAAAUUUGCUUAUCGAAGUCAAUCCUUUCUCAAUAUCACACUGCAUAUUUUGGCAGAGAAUGUAUGGUCUAAUGAAAAAAAGAUUGCAUUGGUAAAGACUGUGUUUGGACAGAUCAGUCGUUUUAAAAAUGAAUUGCCAGUCUAUAAAGUGAUGCAGAGUGCCAAUGUAUGUUAUGCAGAUGCUGUCAAUGCACUGCAACUCGUCAAAAGCAAUGUGGAUAUGGCUAUUGCGUUGCUAGUGACAGAAGGAUUGCCUGAAAACAUGAAUGAAGAAUUCGUAGAUGACGGGAAAAAGCUAUCUUUACAAGACAUUCGCCAUAGUCUUUUGAUUCGAUUACGUCUUGUUGUGCCAUUUGCUUCUUUAAUAUGGGAACAUCCUAAAGAAGAUGAAUGUCAUAUUUUAGAGUGGAUUCGAGUCCUUGUUCCGUUAUUAGGUAACCCUAUUGUUCAUGGUAAUGGAAGUCAAGAACGCUUCUUUGAGUUUACUUUGGAUUUUGUAUCCUUACUUGUAGAUGAGGUACCAAAAGAACUCAAAAAGACAAGCUUAUCUCUACUUGGUUCUAUGCAUGCUGAACUAACUUCUAUCCCAGCCAUGUUCCAUAGUCGAGUCAAGCGUAUCAUGCCCUUCCUUACCCAUAAUAUCUAUUUAGCCAAUACCCGCCUUGCUUCCUCCAUGUUAGGCUUACCACCCACAUCAGACUCUCAACAACAACAACAGCAUCUAGAGAGUUGUCUAGAGCAAAGUAAACCAUGGGAAUGGCUUGAAGACUAUGUGAGCGAACCUCCACAUGAUAAUGAUGCACCUAUCAACCUCAGUCUAUUUCAUGCCAAAAAAUCAAAACGGGUUGAAAGUGCCUAUGUUCGAUGGUUCAAAUUUGGUUUUGAUGGCACACAUCAACCUCAUCUUUCAACACUUGAGACGCCUCAAGCGAAAAAGAGAAAAACAGAGAUGGAAGAAGGUGAACUUCCUUGAUUGUAAAUAAAGAAUUUUAUUUUGUUUUGGGUACUUCCAAGACAUGCCCAGGCAUGACA